ACCACAGCAGCGUUGGCCUCGGUCCCGUUAUUGGCGUUGGUAAAUUAAGCGCGUUACUAAACAGCCACCACGCCCUCACUCUUUUCUCUUCCGCUGUCUGGUUUUUCUCUCCCUCGACACACCAGCGGUCUUCCUAGGGUUAACGCCCUCGAGCAGUCCCGAUUCGAUCACGUCGACGCACUCGUCGGUUCUCUCUCUCUGCUUACCACUGCUACUACUCCGCCGGUUCACUUUCCUCGACGAAGACGAAACAACGCACACGCGAUGGCGUCGCGCGGUCAAACCGAAACGAGCAAGCUGAAGGAGCGGCUCGAAGAGCAGCUCGAUCGGCUCAUGGCACAGCUGAGCGACCUCGAAGAGUGCCGAGCCGAACUCGACGAGGACGAGUACGAGGAGACCAAGCGCGAGACGCUGGAACAGCUGCGCGAGUUCCAGCAGUCUCUGGCCAAGAUCGUGUCUGGAGACAUGACUCUCGUGGACCAGCUGAGCGGCAUGCAGCUCGCCAUACAGGCGGCCAUUAGCGACGCUUUCCGGACGCCCGAGGUGAUCCGGAUGUUCGCCAAGAAGCAGCCAGACCAGCUACGCGAGCGCUUGUCGCAGCUGCAGAGGGACGCCAAGAUUGGCCGGCUCACCGAGGACGAGCUGGCACCGCAGAAGCUCGAGAUCCUCGCCGCCCUCAAGAAGCUCAAGGCCAGCCUGCUUCCCGAAGAGGAGCACUACCUCGAGAAGCACGCUAGCAAGGCGCUGCUCGACUUCGACCAAGUCGGCGAAGACACGGCGGACGCGAGCCGACUGCUCGACGUAGCGGGCUCCCAAAUCAAGGCUGCUGUGCAGCGAUGACUUUCUUUCUAGUCCGGUUCGCCCUUCCGGAAUGUUCGCUUCCGGUGCGUGUCCCUGCCCGUUGCAUUGUUUGCAACUUUUGAGGUGCCGGUAAAUGAUGGGCGCACCUUUUCGUAAAGCAAGCGCCGAUCCCGACUGUCGCAGCUGUUCCGUGUCAUCCACAUAAAGUGUUGCGUAUAGUAAGUGCGAUGGUGCAAUCAUUUUGCCCUUGACCAUAGAGUUUCCUAGGAAAAUUACUAGAGGGAACUCUCAGCUACCAUUCCGCAAUCAUUGAGCUAACAUGAGAAUGAUGGCUGGUUACGUGGAUUUGUCUAAUCUUCAUUCCUGCAGCUUAAUAUUUAUUGUGCUUUAUGCCCCUCUAUUGGCCUGAAUUUCCAGCCGAUCAUAUCUUUCUAAACACAUGAAGGCGAUCAGGCUCUCUCAGCACAUGCAUAGUUGUUGCAAAUUGUUGCAUUUGUAACACAAUACUUUGUUGACCAUGAUCAGUUUGCAAGGACGCUAAGUUUGAAGUCACAAUGACAAAGUAUAGGGAAAUCCGCGUUCAAGCCGUCAUUGCUCUGCCGGCUGAUCUGCAAUACUUCCAGCUUCCAUAUGCAUUGGUGCCAGAUUUCCCUCUAAUAACAUUUGCAUAAACAACUUUCUGCCAUCAACCAUUUACAAAGGCUACUGUCACAGCCGUGCUGUCUCAUCGAAGUUGCAUGGAUGUACAAAUAAAUUUAAAUGUUAGAUUCAGUUGCAAACAAGUCAAACCGUCGAUUCAGCCACAUUUGGUCAUGUUCAGCAGGUGCAGUCGAUUCAAUGUUGAAGCUAGAGAAGUGGAGCUUCCACUUCCUUUCACAGGGAAGUCCACAUGAUUUUUCUUUCUUACACUACUAUACAUGGCAAGUCAUGUGAACUGUCAAGAGUAUUUUUUGUAGUUUAGUUUUUGUAUUGAAAGGUACUGAAGGCCGGAAUGCCAUUGUCAAUGUGCAAAACUCAUCAUACAUUGCCGAGAGAGAGAUUUGAAAGGCAGCAUCGCAUUAUGUGAUGGCGUGCGACGGGUCAUUCUUUUUUGUACGAGACAUCAAGCCUUGUAAAGGCUGAUAUCCUUUAUCAGUGUGUAAUAAAUCAUAAAUGCCCCUCA